AUGAAGAAAUUCUCGAUUUAUACAGUACUUGUUACCCUGUUAAUGGAGAAGCAAUUUUUGAAACCCCAUUUAAUUGCUGUAAUUGGAAAUCAAUGGAGUUUGAGGGUUAAUAAUGUUCCAAUUUCAUGGCACUCUAAUCGAGGAAUUUGUGAAGAAAAUUACCCAGAAAUUGCUAGUGCACUUUGGAAAGAUGUUGGUGGUUUAAAUUCAUCCCCAAUUUCAGCCACCAAUUCUUAUCAUUAUGCAACGCAGGUUGUUAAAAUUGCUAGAUUGGGUUUAAUUGCGGAGGAAAUUAAUUGCAUGGAGUUAAUCCCAGCAAUUAAGAUGUUUUUAAGGGAAUAUAUUGAGCCUUGGUUAGUUGGUAAUUUUGAGAAAAAUGGGUUUUUUUAUGAUGAAAAAUGGGGUGGUAUUGUUUCUGAAUCAGCCGAUUAUGGGUUUUGUAUGUACAAUAAUCAUCAUUUUACAUUGGGUUAUUUUGUGUUUAGUAUUGCUGUUUUGGCAAAAUUUGAUGUUGAAUGGGGUAUGAAGUUUAAGGGUCAUGCAUAUGCAUUGGUUGCAUCUUAUAUAAGUUUAGAGAAGAAUAAGGAGAAAUCUAAGUAUACAAAACUUAGAUCAUUUGAUCCUUAUAAGUUACAUUCAUUGACAAAUCCUUUACAUGAUGAGCAUACUCGGAAUUCCGAGAUUCCGAGUGUUUCAAUCAAUGCUUAUUACUCGGCUUCACUAUUGGGUAUGGUGUAUGGUGAUGAUCAUCUAGUGAGUGUUGGGUCGACACUAGCCUCGUUCGAGCUCGAGGCUGUUAAGACAUGGUGGCAUGUUAAGGAGGGUGGUGUGUACAAUGGGGAGUUUUGUAACAAGAAUAAGAUGGUUGGUUUAUGUUGGGAGUAUAAGCUGUGGUUUACAGCAGCUGAGAAUAAGGAGUGUAGGGUUGAUAUUCAGGUUCUUCCUAUAAUGCCUGUGGAUGUUGUUGAGUGGGCGGCGCCGUCUUUGGCGAGGAAGGAAGCUACUGAUGGUUGGAAGGGUUUCGUUUAUGCAUUGGAAGCAUUAUAUGAUCACAAGAAUGCGUUGAAGAAGAUCAGGGAUUUGAAAGGUUUUCAUGAAGGAAACUCGCUUUCGAAUAUGUUGUGGUGGGUUCAUAAUAGGAUUGGGAAGAAGAAUGUGUGUUGUAGGUUUAAGAAGGAAGCGAAUGAUUGUUGGUUUUGCACCUAUUGCUGCUGA